AUGGAUUCCAAAAAAGGAAAUUUUCUGGUUUUCUCUGUGAUUCUCUGUCUUUGCCCCAGUGUAUUUUUAGUCUCAAACGGAAUUCAACUAUCCAUUUUCGAUGAACAUCUUGCGGAUUUUUCCAUUUGGCAUUUUGCAACUGCAUUUUUCCUCAUUUUCUAUUUUUGGGCUCAUCUGAAAAAGCUGCGAGAAAAUGCGAAAUUGGAGAAAACGAAUUUUGAAAAUCCAGUGGAAUCCAAGAAAAAAUAUACAAACGCAGAAUUUAUUUUAAAUACUGUGCUAUUCUUUCUAAUUUUUUACGGAUGUUUUGUCAGUUUUGGAAUGCUCAUCUACGCGGAUGAUUUCAAUAAUCCACGAGAGGAGUUUUUCAUCAAAUCCGCAAUGUUUUGUGCAUUCUUUAUGACUUUCUAUGUUCUCGAGUUUGCCAGCUAUUUGUUCGAAAAACUCGGAAAUUUGAAAAGUUAUUGUGAUGCGAAGAUUUUGGAGAGUUUUUGA